AUGAAGGAGGAGGAGAGGGCGAACUUGAACUGGACGCUGCCGGUGCCGAGCGUGCAAGAGCUGGUGAGGCAGCGACAGCCGGAUGCUGUGGCCCCCAGGUACCUCCAUGACGACGUGGGACUGGCCGAACACCGUCAAGAGUCGUUGCAGGGCUUGCCUUGCGUUGACCUGGGGAAGCUGAUGGACCCUCCUUCCCGAUCCACCGAGCUUCGCAACCUUCACUCUGCCUGCCACCAGUGGGGUCUUUUCCUGUUAGUGAACCAUGGAGUGUCAGAUGAAGGGAUGAGGAUGAUGAAAGAGAACGUGCAAGGGUUCUUCGAACUGCCCUACCACGAGAAGCAAAAGUCAGCCCAGAGACCCGGAAGUCUCGAAGGUUACGGGCAGGCUUUCGUCACCUCUCACGACCAGAAGCUGGAGUGGAACGACAUGAUCUUCCUCAAAGGCCUUCCUCUUCAUGCAAGAAAUCUCGAUCUCUGGCAGCAAAAUCCCCCUGAAUUCAGGAUAGCACUGGAGAAAUACAGCGAAGAUAUGAGGAAACUGGCAGUGGAAGUAAUGAAGUAUAUUGGAAUGGCGUUGGGGAUUCAUGAAGGUGAACUGGAUUUGUUGAUGAAAAGUUUCGGAGAAGGGAAAUACGAGGUCAGGAUGAAUUACUACCCAGCAUGCCCGGAACCUGAGAGAGCACUAGGCCUGUUGCCUCAUGCCGACAUCCCAGGGAUCACCCUGUUGACGGAGUGUGGCAACAUCCCUGGCCUUCAGGUCGUUAGCAAGGACAACCGCUGGGUCAUGGUUCGACCCGUUCCUGGCAGCAUCGUUGUGAAUUUAGGUCAAAUCAUGGAGGUUUACAGCAAUGGCACGUAUAGAGCACCGGAGCAUAGAGCGGUGGUGAACAAAGAGAAGGAGAGGGUGUCCAUAGCAACCUUCUGCUAUCCCAGCCCGUCUCUUCCAGUUGGACCCUCACCACAGCUCCUUGCCGCCACUGGACUCCCCCCUAUCUUCCAAACCCUUUCGCACUCUGAAUACAUGCAGUGCUUCUUAAACCGCAAGCUUGAUGACGCGGUUCCUUUCAUCGAUAAACUCAAACUGUAGACACCGAACCGAUGCAUUCGUUCUUUUCAUCUUCUUCUUGUACCGUGUGUCAUGAACAUGCUUUUAGGUUGUUCCUCCUAUAUUGACAUUUCAAUAAGACAGUGGAAGUUUUAGAUUGUAGGACGAUCUGAGUGAGGAGCUGAAUUUCCGUUGGGAAGAUGCUGCUCUAAGAAGCGUUUCAGCGGCCUUCUCUGGUCUUCAAUUGUAAUCUGUGAACUUCUUUCCAUCUCUAUGUUUAAUUCAAGGAGGAUGAAAUUAAUACUUACUCUCAUUUCACUGUUUUCAUGUGUAGACUUCCAAAAAUGUACAUGUGUGCAUGUGUAAGUGCGGCGGAACUUAACAUUUUCGAAAUAGCUAUCUCCAACUAUUGAUGUAGUCGCUUUUGUACAUUCAGCUGCCAUCUGCAAGCUUCUGCAAUCUACUCGCUUCUCUUGGCAAUGGAUAUUCAACACUUCUUUUACGCGAAGGAGACCGAAGCAAGAGUGUUGACAGCUGUCGCAAUCUCCCCGAGCCGAGCUCCAGAAGUUUACGGCUAAUGGAUUACUAAGUCUAAACCUAGGACUUAACUUGGCUCUCCCAAGCCCAUACUAAUUCGCGACUUAAGGUUCAAGUUAUUAACAUGCAAAUCAAUUUUAUCUAGGAGUCGGCAUUAAUCAAUUUAGGGUGGUUGAUUAGAUACUCGAGUAAGGCAACAUGAGAAUUGCCUUACUCUUACAAACUAGAGAUUUAAAGAGUUCGGGAACUUGAUUACACUAGUUAAAACUAGUACCUUUUCGGUACUUAAUCUUGUUCAAUCAUCAAUCAAAACGGUAAAGGCGGCAAACUUGCGUGUUGGGAGCCAUAAGGUUCUCUUCCUAACCAGGCUAAAGGGAGGCAACACUCAAUACAUCGGAAGAGUGCAAAAAAUGGCCCAACAUGCCUCUAAACGUCCACAUGCAAUAUCGAAUUAAACAUACAAUUCAAAACAUGUGAACCGAACAUACGCAAUCAAGCAUAGCACUUAUCACAUUAAAAGGCAAGAAAAGGCAAUUCCCUAGCCCAAUCCUAGUUUUCGAUUUUAUUGAGCCUAGUCCGACCAAACUAAAAAGAAAGGCCCGACCCAAAUUAAAAUAAAACCUAAUCUAAUAUUGAACUAAACAGGCCCAGCCCAUAACCUAUUUCUAUUCAAGCCUAGCUCGGAGAAGCUAAUAGAGACUGACC